GUGGUCUGUGGUCCGCUGUGAUCAUGAAAGGAACGAUAUUUAUUAUUUUUACAUUUUGACGAAAAUAUUGUUAAUUUAUAAUAAAAAUGAGGCGUGAAUUCAUCUUACUGCUACUAAGUAUAAUAAGUAUCUCGACGUUGUCUUCCUUUUUGUCGAGUUACGUGCAAAUAGAAGCUGAUAAGCUGUUAUUAGACACAGUUGUGGGAGCAGUCGGGGCUGGGAACUUUUCUUACUGGCAGCUUGGACACACGGGGCCUUUAUUAAUUGAAUUGUCUUCAUUAACCGGUGAUGCAGACCUAUAUGUGUCGGAUUCUGUGCGACCCAGCUAUGAGGUGGACAGGAACAACUUCAGCUCUGCCACCUGCGGCACCGACCUGGUCAGCAUACCGUCUGACUUCCCCAGACCUAUAGGAAUUGGUGUGUUUGGUGCGUGGACCCACACAGUCUCGGAGUACAGCAUACAAGUCUUCCUAGAUGGUGCCAAGAUGCAGGCUCUGGCCAUGGAGUUCCACCAUGCCAACGCUGACAGGACUGACAAUGGUCAACACAAAGAAAAGUCUGUCCCCAAGAAAGUGGAUGAGGAAAAGCCGCGGUUUUUCCUCAGGUUGCUGAACAUACUGGAGAUGGUCUUCGAGAUGGUUGUCUUAUAGUUGUAUCGACACAGCAGUGGCGUGCUGAAGGGUUAUAAUUAGGGUAGCCACUAAACAUGGACUAUGUGAAAUGUAAAUUUCUUCUUUUAUAUGGAUAGAUGAAAUCUCUGGCACAGUGGGUAAUUCAGUUUUUACAGGUCGUGGGUUCGAUUCCCAGCAUGGAUCAGUUUACCAUUUUAAAGUGGAAUGUCCACCGGCCCAUACAACGUUAACCUCAGGUACCCAGUUUUACCCCCGUAUAAAAGUCGCCACGCGGUUUUACCCGUGUGGUUCUCGUUCCCAUAGGAAUACGGGGAUAAUAUAUAGCCUUCCUCGAUAAAUGGGCUAUCUAACACUGAAAGAAUUUUUCAAAUCGGACCAGUAGUUCCUGAGAUUAGCGCGUUCAAACAAACAAACAAACACUUCAGCUUUAUGUUAGUAUAGAUAAGUAUGGAGAUGAUAAUGUGUUGUAAAAAUAAGGAUUUGGUUAAAUAAUUGACUUAAUAAAAGGUUGUUUCUUGAAGAAACAAACUUAAGAUAUUUGAAAAAACGCAUUUCUGAUUGUUGAAUUUAAAAAAAAAAUAUUUUUUUUUGAAAAAAUAUUAAUCUUAUCUUCCAUUUGAAAUUAAACAAUAAAAAAUCAAAGUGACUUUACAGAACUUUGAAGUCUCAAUAGCUCAGUAGUAAAACAGUCGGAAUCAUCGCCGAGGGGUGGUGGUUCGAUCCCAGCCCUGUUUGUCUACAUAUUUAAAAGAUAUGACAAAAAAACCUUUUAAAAAUAACAAAAAGAACAAUAAUAAUUUCUUAUUUUAUAUUAAGUAAUAAUUUCGACAAAAUUAUCGAUAAUAAUUAUAGAUAUUCUCCUUUUGGUUAUGUUAGUUGUAGUGGUAAGGUGUACAAAAACCGGCCAAGUGCGAGUGGGGCUCGUGGAGGAAGGGUUCCGUACCAUCUAUAUAAAUAAAAAUGGAUCUCCGAUAUGUAUGUAGGCCUAUAACUUUCGAACGACUGCACCAAAAUGAUUUUUGGUUUUAUGUAUUCAUUACUGAUAGAACAAGGUUUGCGUAAUAUAUAGAUAUUAAUAAAAAGAUCUUAACUUAUUCUGCGCACCUUUCACCGUGCGCUGUCUGCGGGACAACAUACACUAUUUAGAUCGAUUAGAUACUCCUAACCCGCUUCCAUCUUAGAUUGCAUCAUCACUUACCAUCAGAUGAGAUUGUAGUCAAGGACUAACUUGAACAAAAAAAAAAGUAAAUUCCAUUUAUGCGUCGGAGCUGACAUACAUUUUUUUUUAAAUACAUACUUUUCAUCAAAAAAAUCGAAACAGACAUGUUUUAAGUUGUUCAAGCGAUUUUUUUUGCGUUUUUGGUGAGAAGUAUAAUUUUUUUUUUUUUAAGUACUGAUAAUAAUAAUUUAACAAUACGAUUCUGUUUUGCUAACGUUCCUUUAGUAAAGCUUAUGACGGCCGCGUGGCGCAGUGGGUAGUGACCCUGCUUUCUGCAUCCACGGCCGUGGGUUCGAUUCCCACAACUGGAAAAUAUUUGUGUGAUGAGCACGGGUGUUUUUCAGUGUCUGUGUGUAUUUAUACAUUAUAUAAGUAUUUAUAUGUAGUAUAUAAUUGUAUAUGAAUAUUAUAAUAUCAACUAUCUUAGUACCCAUAACACAAGCUACUCUGUAUGCUUACUUUGGGGCUAGAUAGUGAUGUGUAUUGUUUAAAUAUAUUUAUUUAUUUAUUUAUUAAAGCUAAAUGGUUUUUUUAAUAAUAAUAAUAAUAUAAUAAUAUUAUUAUUAUAAUUUUUUUUAAGUAGAACCCAUGUAUCUACCCAUUACGUGAUUGUCGUAUUCGGUAUUAUAGUAUUUUUUUUUUCUUGUUAUUAAAAUCGGUGUUUUUUAAAUAAAAAAAAAUAUUCUAGUCA